CGUCCUUUCGGUGCGCGCACGCGGCGGCCGACAGCGCGAGAUCCAGUUCGGCUUCUGGCAGCACGCACGCGUGUGGUGCGCCGGCGCCACCCACCCAGUAGUGCUGCGAAUCCCUGACAGUGCGCCCGUAUUAUCGCAGGCGCGGUUGUGACGAAAGGUCAACCUCCGUCUUUCUCUCUCGUCGUUGUUUUUAUGACGGUGUGCUUUGGCCGAGGAAAACGUGCGCUGCAUGUUAUGCGCCGAGCAGCAGCGCCCAAGGAAACAAAAGAGCAAGCGAGUUCCGAUAAACAUUGAGGAUGUCGAGUAGUGUGUGUCACGCUCCACUCCCGGCGAGGAUGGAGGCCUUCACGACGCGUAUUUGCCUUAGGGCGGUAGAUCAGUACGAGAAGCUUCUACAGUCUCAUUUCAACAAGCCGUCGAGCGGCAAGGAGACGUCGACAGCGGCAGCGUCGCGACUGCCCAGAGACACGAAGGAGCAGCGCCGACUGAAGGAUGCAGCGGCGAGCACCUACUCGGCCGUCAACGCCUUCCGGCAGUGGAGACGCAGCAACAACAGCCACCACGGCAACAACAGGUCGAGUAGCGCGGGCUCGAGCCCGAGCAGCGCCAAGCAGAUGCUGCUCGCCAACAACAACAGAAACGUGGCGCUGGCGCGCGAUCAAGCGGCAGCGGCGAAGGGCGUCACGAACGGCACGGCCGGGCCGCCGAACUGGCCGCCCGCCGACGCGGCGACUUUGCACAAGCUGGAGCAGUUCCCGCUGGUGCUGUCCGACGCCACCAUGCCGGACGAAGACCUGUCGCUCAAGUUCCUCGCACUGAACGCGCUGGACCUGACGGCGCCGGCGAGCGACGUCCUGCUGAAGAACAGGCUCAAGUCGUGGUUCCAGCUGUCGGGCCACAAGGACAGCUUCGCGCCCGCGGGUCCCGGCACGGUCUGGAAGAGGCGGACCGGCGGCGCCGAGAACACCGAGCGCAUGGUUUACGAGGCGCUGAGCAAGGACCAGGCGCUCAAGGACUGCAUACCCAGGUAUUACCGCGAAGUGGAAUACCGGGGCGAGACCUUUAUCGAGCUGCAAGAUCUGCUGUUUGGAUUCAACGAGCCCCACGUCAUGGACAUCAAGCUGGGCACGCGCACGUUCCUCGAGUCCGAAGUGUCGAAGACGACGGCGCGCCCGGAUCUCUACCAGAAGAUGAUCGCGGUCGACCCAAACGCGCCUACCGUCGAGGAGCACGAGCAGCGUGCAGUGACCAAGCUGCGCUACAUGCAGUUUCGGGAACAACAGAGCUCCACCUGCAGUCACGGCUUCAGGAUCGAGGCGAUGAAGCUACCUAGCAUACCGCCGAUCACAGAUUUGAAGACUGUCAAGGAUCACAAACACGUGCUCGAGACGAUGAGGCGCUUUCUCAAAGGCAAGCCCGAGAUGAAAGACCAGCUGCUCGAUCGGCUGCGAGAACUCAGGCUCAAGGUCGAGCAAUCGGAGUACUUCCAAACUCACGAGGUGAUUGGCAGCAGUAUUUUCAUGAUUUACGACGACAGGAAAGUCGGUGUUUGGUUAAUCGACUUUGCAAAAACGUGCCAAGUACCGGCCGGUUGCAAAUUAACUCAUCGACGAGAUUGGCAACAAGGCAAUCACGAGGAAGGUUUCCUACUUGGUCUUGACAAUCUGAUAGCCACCCUCGAAGAAGUCGAUGUUAAUUGAACGCAGCGCUUGCGCUUUCGACUGAUUAUUUAUUCUAUUUUGUACAUACAUACAAACGAUAAGAAAACUCUGGUCUGAUUAUAAAAAUCGCUGCUUUCGCAAUGUGACGUUCGAUAAGCUGUACUUAGAAAAGUCUGAUAUUUAAAUAGUGCGAGUGUGAACGUGUGAGUGUAUUGUAUUUAAGUGUAAAUUUGUAAAGUUUUCUUCUCUACUUUUACUCACGAAUAUUUGACGACUUUUAGAGUGAUGUACAAAUUUCUUCCGAACGUUCGAUGAAAAAAAAACAAGUAUUUGCGUAACUCUAGUUUUACCGAAACUUCUAAGUUUCUUUGUUAGAAAUAUUUUUCUACAGAUAAUUAUGCAAUUUGAUAAAAUAUCACAUAUAUCUACCAAAUAAAUAAUUAUUGCA